AUGCUUGGUGACACCCAAUGUGGUGUUCAAGUCGUUCUUCAAUAUUUCCUUCGAGUCUUCCGAGGGGAACUCACCGGGCUUGACCGCAUCCCCUGUCUGCCGCCAGCAACAACAACAACAACAACAACGGGUGCUAUAUUGACUGAGGUGAAGAUCGGAGAUGGAUCGCGCAAGGAAGAAUCGUUGCGUGUAAAAGGGGAGUUGCGUAGCUUCAAUGAACGGGCUUGGGCUGGAGAAACUGGUGUCUUCCCGGUAACCAAAUCUCUCGACUCCUCCCUCAAGAAAAACACCGCCUUUAUCAAACGUCUCCGAACCGGUAUCACGCCCACAGCCCUCCCCACCUUCCUUGCAGAUAUUCGCACCCUUUCGCUGCACAAGUAUCUGUCCGAGAUCACCUCUGCGUCCUACGAGGGGCUUAGCAAGCUCAAGUCUCCUGGAGAAAUCGCCACGGGCGUCGAGAUCGCCAGCGCCCUGCACCAACGGUUUGGUCCUGAUGAAUUUACCAAGCAACUUGGAUGGCUGCUGGGUCGAGGCUUGACGACACCGGAUAAAGCGCAGUUGAAGGCGUGGACUCAGGAUAUCCGUGAGAGGGAAGAAAAAGACCGCCUGGCUAGACAGCGGGCACUCCUUCGCGUCGUGACGGAGCUGUGGCUUGUCGGAUUCCUGCGGAGCUUGGAUGAUGUGGAGCGUCCGGAAGAUCUGGGGACAAAGGGGAAGGAUGGUGCAUCUACUAUCGGCGGCAAGGGCUCUUCUUCUGAUGGGAUGACGAAGUCUAGGUCGUCUCAGGCUGCGGCGAAGGGUGAUCAGGACAGAGAGGCAGAGCCGUUCCCCCUGGAAGUGCUGAAGGAUCUUCUGGGGUAUGACCGUGAGCACGUGAAUUUGCCGCUGGCUGUGUUGUUUGCAAGAACCUACAGCUGGGAUAUUUUGGGGUCGAAGGGACUGGAAGAAGGCAGGAAGAAUGUGGAGGCAGAGGGCGCGACCGCGGCGGCUUCGGGGAAGGAUGCGCCGGAGGCUGGAUCUGGCGAUGAGUCUGCAGGAGUAAAUGGAGAAACAAUGGAAGAUGAUCCACCCCUGGCAUCCGAAAAGGUCCAGGUCCGGUUCAAAAAUAUCCUUUGCCGGUAUCUCGAGGAUGUUAAAGCGCAUGUUAUCCGCGAUCAGAAAGCGCUUGCAACGCAGAGUCGAAAGAAUGCGGAGGCUUAUGUGAAGAGCGGCGAAAUUUUCGAAGACCGUCAAUCGAAUUUCGAGAAACAGACAAAAGCCCAUGAAAAGCUUGUCUCUAACACCCAAGUUCUUUGUGAGAUUCUUGGCGUAGACAUGCCGGAUCUCAUGGAGAAGGAAACAGUUGAGACUGCUCUUGGUAGCGGGAUAGGUCUUGUCAAGGCCGGAGAUUAUCUACGUGGACACGGCGAAGGCCCUGGCAUUUGGGAAGAUGAAGAGGAGCGCCGGUUUUAUGAGAAUUUGGUCGAUUUGAAAGGCAAAGUGCCAGCUGUUCUUCUUGAGGAUGGCAAGAAGAAGAAAACUGAUGGAGACGAUCAGGCCAAGAAGAAGGCCGACAGCGAACUCCCCAAUGACGUGGGGGUUGACCAUUCUGGUAAAGGAGAAGUUACGAAACCGGACAACUCUUCUUCGGAACCAGCCAACCAGGAAGCUGACAGCCAAUCUAUUGCCAUGGUUAACAAGACCGUAGGUGCCCAACUUGAUAUGUUGUUGGCAAAGCUUCCAGAACUGCAAACCAAGAAUUCCGUCGACCAGCUGGCACUGGAUUUCUGCUUCCUCAAUUCCAAAGCGUCCCGGAACAGAUUGGUGAAGGCCAUUCAAGAAGCCCCCAAGGGCCGCACGGAUCUCCUUCCCCUCUACGCUCGCCUUGUUGCUACACUGGGCCAGUACCUCCCCGACAUCCCCCAGAGUCUUAUCAGCUACCUCGACGAAGAAUUCCGGAGUCUUCAACGCCGCAAGCUGAAGGAAUUUCUUGGCCAGGUACGCACAAGCAAUAUUCGAUAUUUGGCCGAACUCACCAAAUUUGGCGUUGUCCCUGAACAUGUUAUCUUCCACUGUUUCAAGGUCAGUCUGGACGACUUUUCUCGUAUGAACAUUGAAAUUAUUGGCAACUUGCUGGAGAACUGUGGUCGAUACCUUCUCCGCAAUCCGGAAACAGCACCACGGAUGGCGUCCUUCCUGGAAACUCUUAGCCGGAAGAAAGCUGCCCAACAUCUUGGUCAACAGGAGCGCAUGAUUAUCGAGAAUGCGAUGUACUACGUUGACCCCCCCCAGCGACCUGCUAUCCAGCAGAAGGAGCGCACUCCGGUCGAGCAGUACAUUCGCAAACUCAUCUUUCUUGAUAUGAAUAAGCGGAAUUGCUCUAAGAUUUUGAAGAGUAUUCGAAAGCUUCAUUGGGAGGAACAAGAAGUUGUCCAAAUUCUCGAGCGAAUCUUCAGCAAGCCUGGAAAAGUCAAGUAUGGGAACAUACAUAUUAUGGCCAGCAUUGUCAGCGCCCUCUACCGCUGUCAUCAAGAUUUUGUCAUUAGGAUUGUAGACAAUACACUUGAAUUCAUUACGCUUGGGUUGGAGCAGAAUGACUUCAAGCAGAAUCAACGAAGAGUUGCCGAGAUUAAGUACCUUGGAGAGCUGUACAAUUAUAAAAUGGUCGACUCGCCGGUCAUUUUUGAUACUCUCUAUCGUCUUGUUACAUUCGGACAUGAGGGGGGCAUUCCGGCGCCAGGGAAGAUUACCUUCUUGGAUAUGCCCGAUGAUUUCUUCCGGAUCCGAUUAGUGUGCACCCUUCUUGAUACCUGCGGGGUGUGCUUUGAUCGCGGGCCUGCGAAGAAAAAGCUCGACUUCUUCUUGACAUUCUUUCAGUAUUACCUGUUUACGAAGGACCCCUUGCCCAUGGAUGUGGAUUUUCUCGUUCAAGAUACCUACGCUUUGACUCGUCCGCAGUGGAAGAUUGCUACUGAUCCUGCUGAAGCUUCUCGGCUUUUUAGCGAAGCCAUAGCGCAGAAUUACAAGCUAGAGGAGACUGCGCAAGAGACUGAUAAAGCCCCUGAACCGGAUGAUGAAGGGGAAAGUUCUUCAUCUGACGAUGGAUAUGAAGAUGAUGCCAUCCCUGAUGCGGAUGAAGAAAAGGAUGAAGAACAUUCUUCCAGUGAAGAACUCGAGGAGACCGUUCGCGAUCCAGACCAGGAACGUGAUUCCGAAUCCGAAGAGGAAGAGCAGAUUUUCGUUACCCGCCAGGAAGAACAGCUAGAUCCCGAAGCUGAAGCGGAAUUCGAUCGAGAGUUUGAGAAGAUGAUGGCUGAGAGCUUGCAGUCUCGAAAAUUCGAGCGCAAGGCGAUGUUUGACGUUCCCCUGCCAAUGAGACGUACAACGCGCGAUACAUCGACUUCAGAAGAUAAUCAUGAAAGUAGCCAACAUGCACCAAACACGAUGGCAUUUUCUCUCAUGACCAAACGAGGAAACCGACAACAGACCCGCACUAUCGACCUCCCCUCCGACUCCAGCUUUGCCCUCGCGAUGAAAACGCAACAACAAGCCGAGCGCGAGGAACAGCAACGCAUCAAGAAUCUAGUGCUAAACUAUGACCUAAGAGAUGACAAUGAGCCCAGUGACGGUGAAUUCAACAUCCUUUCCUCCCCUUCCCCAAGAACAUCAUCAAACCCAUCACCCUUCGUGCUGGAAGAGAACCCCAAUACUAAAGGAAUCAUACGCAAUAAUAAAGGCCCGGAUAAGCGUACCCAUCGCGGAGACCCGAGGAGCAAUAAUGAUAAAUCGAACUCGAAUCGCAGCGGGUUCCGUUCCCGCAAGUUACAGCUUAGCGACGUUGAUUGGUACGGUGAAAAUUAG